AUGGAUGACGGAACCACACAAUCACUUCCUUCUUCAGACAACCAAAACAAAAACAACAAGAAUACCCAUGCUGCUGCCAAGCGAACAAGAAUUCCGUGUCCUCUGGAUCCCACCCACACUAUUUACAAAGACAUGUUGGCACGCCAUUUGAAGAUUUGUCCCAAAGCCAAACUCCAACGAGAAAUACAAUCACAGCCCUUUUAUCGACAGGACGUCAAUACUGGUGGACAUGGCGGCGACCAAAGUCAUACCACCCAUAGUAGUGAACAGAGAGAGAAAAAAUAUCAUCGUCCGAACCUGGAAACAAGAGCCAAGGCUUUGGCGCUGCGCAUUCUGGUGGUCCAUCAACAUGUCUUUGGUGGCCCGCACCCAGGCAAUCCUCAACAACUCACACUUGAAGAUAUUGAACAAGCUUGCACCCAGUUGCCCCUCAAGGAUUGUUCUGACAAACAACUCCAAUUGGGACUGGCUCAAGCCAUUGACAGUUACCAUAUCCGAUCUGGCGGCCCCAAACAUUUGCAACAACAGGCUAGCUUGCUGGGACAUCUUCAAAACUUGUCGUCGUCCAAGACCAACAACAACAAUAACAAUUCACAACCCAUUCUCAUGCUGGAACUAGGGGCUGGACGAGGCAUGUUGGGAUUAGUGGCGGCAGGAUCAUUUGCAGCAGCCAACCGCCAUGUGGACUUGAUCAUGAUGGAGCGAGCUGGAACACGGAGUAAAGCAGACACCAUACUUCGAAAUCACAAAUCCAAACUCCCCAAUCAAUGCAUCAAUGUCGAACAAAUACAAUCUUGGCAACGCCUUCAAUGCGAUUUGGCACAUGUGCACAUGCCCACCGUGUUGGAAUUGCACAAGAGCCAGCAGCAGGAGAAAAACACGGCAGUGGUCGCAGACAAGGAAACACCAACACAAGCGAACGUCGACAGCAAGGCUGCCACAAACGACGACGUCAGCAGCAGCAGCAACAACAACAAAGACCGACAACCCUUCAUUAUGGCCAUUGCCAAGCAUCUUUGUGGGGCCGGCACUGAUUUGGCAUUGAAAGCUCUUUACCCGAUUCGAGAUCAGCUACAAGUUUGCCUCAUGGCAACCUGCUGCCACGGGGUAUGCACCUGGGAACAUUAUGUGGGACGAGAUUAUCUGGCAUCGGUCUUGCUGGCCGAAGAAAAGCUUCAGAACGACAAUACAGUGACGGCUAAAGAUGCAGACGUGCCACCUCUGCUGGAAUUUGGACCAGAGGAGUUUGAAAUGAUGCGACUCUGGAGCUCUGGAACCGUCAAGGAUGAUGGCACUUCUUCUGCUGACAACGGUAACAAUACCAAGCAACCAGCCAACAGCAUUGCUGAAGCCGACAAUGGCAAGCGAAAACGAAAGGGCACUGAGAUUGAAGAUGAGACACAUUGCGAUUCCUGCACUACAGACUCACAACUGGAAGGCAAGGUUACAAGUGUGGUUGACGUUGUCAAUAGUCUCCAGUUGUCCUGUGGUGUUCAAGGUCUUGGUAGAGCUUGCCAACGACUACUAGAUUAUGGACGAAAGCAGUACCUGGAGCAGGUCUUGUUUGCCGAGGAUCCGAAAGCGUACGUUGACCUCUGUUACUAUGUGCCGUCUAGCGUGACACCACAGAAUGCAGUUUUUAUGGCGUCGCGACAAGGCUACAAAGUGCUGGCUGAUCCAUUAUAG